CAGGAUUUUCGACCAAACUCCGCCUGCCCAACUCCGCCCUGGCUUGGCCCGCAAGCAACCACUUUCACUUCGUUUCUGAAGUUCCCGUCUCCGAUUAUUUAAACUCAGUUGCGUCUCAGACAACUCAGUUCCUCGCCGAUGUUGUCGAGUUACAGCAUAUCCCGAUACAGGUUCACUUGCUCACAACAUCAACGACCUGUUUUGUUUACGAUUCACGUCUUCUUGCUCGUCUUACUACGUCUCGGCUGCUAUACCACACGUCUCUCUGCUCGUUUCGGAGUGAUUCUCAGAGCACACUACUUCUACUCUACUCUCGUCUUACUACAUCUCGGUUGCGCUACUACACGUCUCUCUGCUCGUUUCGGGGUAAUUCCCAGAGCACACUACUUCUACAGCGAUAAGAUGCUGCAAUACGGCAUGGGCCAAUAUUAUCAAGAAGACUCAUGGGGCUGGACCCCCGUCAUCUUUGCCGUCUUUCUCGCAAUUAGUUUCUUCGAAGUGUUCCGGGUAAUUGACCAGUACCAACCUGAAACUCGAAAACAAUGCGACGAAGAAGAGAUUGUUGUGGCGGAACUCCAGAUGGCGCAGGAAAUGGGGCAAAUGGUGCUGAAACAGACGAAAGAACUGGUGAACAAUUUAUCGACCGUGACGACGGUAGUGAAGCAAUUGAGUCACGACCAGCAUGUCCUUCAAACGCGGUAUAGCAAGCUAUCAGACCAGGUUCAGACGCAUGGGACCGCGAUUGAGGUGUUGGAUACGACGAAGGAUCGCAUCCUCGAAGGACUCGCGGUCCAGGCGGAGAAGGUGAAGAAGUAUGGGACAGCAAUAGAGGUGUUGGAUAGGACAAAGGAUCGCGAGGCCCGUGCCUUGCAAGACAUCCUGGAGGAAGUGAAGACGCACGGGACAGCCAUUGAGGUGUGGGAUAGGACAAAGGAUCGCGAGGCCCGUGCCUUGCAAGACAUCCUGGAGGAAGUGAAGACACAUGGGACAGCGAUUGAGGUGUGGGACAGGAUGAAGGAUCGCGAGGCCCUUGCUCUGCAAGACAUCCGCGAACGACUUGCGGCUCAGGCGGAGGAGGUGAAAAACCAUGGGAAAGCGAUUGAGGUGUGGGACAUGACAAAGGAUCGCGAGGCCCUUGCUCUGCAAGACAUCCGCGAACGACUUGCGGCUCAGGCGGAGGAGGUGAAAAACCAUGGGAAAGCGAUUGAGGUGUGGGACAUGACAAAGGAUCGCGAGGCCCGCGCUCUGCAAGACAUCCGCGAAGGACUUGCGGCUCAGGCGGAGGAGGUGAAAAACCAGGGGAAGGCAAUUGAGGUGUGGGACAUGACAAAGGAUCGCGAGGCCCGCGCCCUGAAAGACAUCCUUGAAGGACUUGCUAUCCAAGCGGAGGAAGUGAAGAAGCAUGGGACCGCGAUUGAGGUGUUGGAUAGGACGAAGGAUCGCGAAGCCCGUGCCUUGCAGGACAUCAUCGAAGGACUCGCUAUCCAAGCAGAGGAAGUGAAGAAGCAUGGGACCGCGAUUGAGGUGUUGGAUACGACGAAGGAUCGCGAGACCCGUGCAUUGCAGGACAUCCUUGAAGUUCUCGCGGAGCAGGCGGAACGCGAUAGACUUGCUGAAGAGCAGCGACUCGCGGCGCAGGCGAAGCGUCGUGCUGUAGAGAAGCAAGUCGCGGAACUCCUUGUAAAGGAGCUGGAGCAUCCCAUCCACUAUAUGCCACAGCGGGCGAUUCAGAAGCCUCGACGUGGCGACGAAGGAAAGCAAAAGAAUCAGGAGAAACUGCUGAUCGAACAGGCUCGGCGUGAGGCGGAGCAGCGUGUUGCCGCGGCUGCGCAGGCGGAAGCUGAGAGAGUCGAGAAAGAAAGGGUGGAGGCUGAGCGGGAGGCUGCCGAUGUUCAGGCAAGACAAUUCAAGGAACAGGAAGAUCGUGAACGGGCUGCAAAAGAGGCGGCUGAGCGGGAGGAGAGGGAUCGUGUGAUGAAGGAGGAGGAGGAGCGGAGGAGUAUCGAGGAGGAACGGCAAGCCAAGAUUUCGGCGGAAGCUGAGCGAAUCGAGAAAGAAAGGGUGGAGGCUGAGCGGGAGGCUGCCGAUGUGCAAGCAAGACGAUUCAAGGAGCAGGAGGAUCGUGAACGGGUUGCAAAAGAGGUGGCUGAGCGGGAGGAGAGCGACCGUGUGAUGAAGGAAGAGGAGGAGCGGAGGAGAAUCGAGGCGGAACGGCAGGAAGAGAUUGAAGCGGAAGCCAAGCGGGUGGAAGAGGAGGUGGCGAAGCGAGCUGCGCAGGAGAUUGCGGUCAAGGAGCAGGAGGAUCGUGAACGGGCUGCAAAAGUGGAGGCUGCGCGGGUGGAGCGUCAGAAACGACUGGCUGAGGAGAUUCGCCGCGACGAUGAAUACAAACAAGCGAUGGAGAUGUGGGAGAUGGAGGAUCCCGCGAUCGAGGCCGCGCGCGAGGAGAAGCUUUUUCUAGAGCAGCUGUUCAACAAGGACAUAGAGAGUGCAGAGGGGCUUUUCACCAUGGAAGACCCGGAUGCCGGGAUUUGGUGGUUGUACAAUCCGACCCUAGAGGACGAAUUGCCAGACGCUGAGUGGGUGCGUCUAGCGGAGAAUCAGCGGGCGGAAGCUUGGGAGGAAGCAGAAAAGCACCGAGUGGCACAGCGCCGUGCCAAGCAGCUACGCGUCGAAAAGCGACCUGCGGGGGUACCGCGGGCGGAUGUCAAAUCAACGGAAAAAGGCUUGGAAGAGGAGCGGCGGGCCCAAUCGAGACUAGCCAAGCUACGCCGAGCGGAGGUUGCGCUGGCGGAGAAGCGCCGUGCGGAGGUUGUACUGGCGGAAAAACGCCAAGCAGAGCACGAGCGACUGACGGCGGAGAAACUGGCUGAAGAAAUUUGGGUGAGGCAACAACUGGAGGAGGAGCAGCGACGGUCGCUGGAGCGCCGAUCAGAAGAGAGGCGGGCCAGGGAGCGGCGGGCGGACGACGAGGCGGAGAGACGCCGGUUGGAAGACCUACACGCCGAGGCCCUGUUCUACAAGGAGAGGCUGGCGGAAGGCCUCUCCAUCGAAGAAAACUUGCAGAUGUUAGCUGCAAGCAAGGACGAUUGGAUGUCAGAAUUUACGGAUGACAUAUCCCCGAGUCCCGCGACAGCCCUGCCGCAAUGCGUUCGGGAAACAGUUCGCAGAGUGUCAGAACUUACCGCGGCGAGCAAAAAGCUUUCUUGA